UCGUCUUGCAGAUGAUUGAGGGGACUCGUCCGUUCUUGGCGUCACUGGGAAUAGCAGUGGCUGCAAAAUUGCUUCGGAAUCUGGUGGAUCUCUGUCUCAUGAUUGAUGCCCAAGAUAAGAACAUAGAAAUCGAACUGGUACGUGAAUGCAUCCAGUGCGCCAUCGAUCAUAAUCGAACAUUUCUUCGUCAAACACUUGAAGCCUGUUUGAUUCGGUUGUUCAAUGACCUUCGCCGAUAUAUCCACUGCCUUUCACUUGGUGAACCUCCUAAUCUAAUUCGUGAACUGAAAAAGCUGGACAACAAAGAUGUAUUAAUGGAAGUGGAAUUGAAAGGGAGCAAGGCAUUUUAUUAUCUUCGGAACAUCGAGAAAGCUCGAAUCUCGUUAACCGCAGCACGGAUUAUUGCAAAUUCCAUGUAUGUACCACCUGAGAUACAGGCGGAGACUUGUCUGUCCUUAUAUAUCUUUUUCGCUCAGGCUGCGCUCGAUCUGCAAUCAGGCAUCCUUAAUGCGGCAGAUGAGACAAACUUUUUAGCAGCGUUUUCAUACUUUUAUGAAUUAUGUGAAGGUUAUGAUUUCGCUGGGGAGGAAAAACUUGUAUUGUUAUCACUGAAAUAUAUGCCUCUUUGCAAAGUAAUGAUGGACGAACCAGACGACGUUAAUAAGCUGCUAUCGGGUAAACUCGCUUCGAAAUAUUCUGGGUCUGACUUAGAAGCGCUAAGGGCCAUUGCUGCAGCUGUUAAAGCGAGAAGCCUUGCAGAUUUCAAUGAUGCUUACCCACAAGAGCUUCGAGUACGUUAUUUUCGUGUUCGCAUUUUUUGGUGA